UUCUGUUGUUUGUGUCUAACAAAUCCAUGCUGGAGUUGCACUCCAAUCAUAACUUGUAUUCUGUGCAGUCCAUGUAUUGUACUCUAUGAAUAUCAAGACUAGCGUUGGUAAUGCCAAAGCAUGUUGUCGUAAUAUCAGUUAGUAGGAUUUUGCUGAACAUUGUUCCCUCAAAUGUUUGGUCUAAAUGGAAGCAACUUUGUAUGGAAACAAGGAGACAAACAGAGCCCUGGCCUCCAUAUGCAGCACGUGUCACGCCUUGUUACAUUUGAAACUCUUUGCUCAACUCUGUCUCUUUGUCAUUUUGUGUGAUUUUCGUAGCAGACCAGAAAAUUGAAUCUCCAGCUGGUUGAUGGUUGAAAGGUGUGCCUCCUGAGGAUUGUAAAGCUUAAAGGGCAACAUGCGUUCAACAGACGAUAUCCUGUAUAUGCAGUCUCUAUCUCUGUUUUAACACAUCUUUAAGAUUUAAUCAUGCCAACUCAGAGAUGGACAGAGUGCACCCUAAAGAGAGAUGCACACAAUCAUAGCCUUAAUCCAGAUGAAACACUUAUCUGUUUUAUAUUUCCAUAAUAAAUUGAAGAGCAUGCAACUACACUAAAUGGUGUGGGUGUUACAUUUGGGUGAAACAACCCUCUGCAUGUUUGCUAUCAUGUCCUUUGUUUUGUCUGAGGUUUGUUAUUAAGGUGUUUUCCCUCCAUGCUCUCUAUGGUACAUCCCAUUGAAAGCAUUUUUCUGCCACCCUUCUACUAAGUGCACUAAUAAAGAGACCUCGGUCAAAGCAGUGUAAAUUGCAGUAGAAUGUUUUUUUAAGUGAUCCUCUCCAAAUGAAUCCGGAGGCGUGGCUACAGCGAAAGAUGUUCUUAACGGUGGUUUUCUUUUUUUGUUGUUGUGUUUUACAGUUCUUUUUCCUGGUUCAGCCAGUCCUAAAUACCUGGCCCGCGCAGAAAAUGCCACCCAACCGUUUUGUCUGCAGCUUGUCCCGUUUCUCAAGUGUUCUCUGUUCUCUUUGUUGUGUUCUUCAUGAAAACAGACAGAAAGCAAAACUAAACAUAAAAAACAACAACAAACAAACAAACAAACAAACAAUCAAACAAAACACAGUUAAAUGCAAUUGAUUUCAGAUUGCACAUACAUCCACGGAUGUCAUUCAUCUCACAAGACUUCUAUAUUUUUCUUCACCUUUUCUGUUAUUUCUUCUCUUUAGCACUCGUCCCACACUGUGUGUGUAUAUCAGUUAGGGGGCUUUUGCUGGCCUUGAUUGCAGACACUCAAGGCACUGCAGAGGUCUCUUCUCAUUUAGAGCAUAGACUAAACUCUUACGUUUUUUAAAGAGAAUUGUAGCAAGCAGCUGUGUGUUGGCUUUAUAAUUUUUUCCUCAUAAGAGUUUCAUGUUAGUAUAUGUUAGUCCUGGCAACAUUAACACCAGCAAAAGCCCAUGAAAUAAUAAUUAGAUUUUUUCUUUUUACAUUUUUUUUAUUUGUCUCUCUGUAAUGGUAAGUUUUUUUUCUUUUUUAGCCUGUAGUCAUGCAUUUUGAAUUUGCUGUGUCACUCCGAAGUUAUAAACCCUGUUUUGUCUAUCUUGAUGUGUUUGUGUGCUUUGUAGCGAAGCAGCCGACGCGAAUCGAAUCGCUUGUUCAUAAAACAUCUUAUGAAACUUGAGAGCACAUCCCACUGGACUGCCGGCUGUGCUUGCUUUCAUUUGGUUCAUGACUUAAAAAAACAAGUUCAGGCGUGAUUCCUGACGAAUCAAAAGCUCUGUCACUUCUGGCCCCAGCCAAUGCUGUCGCGGGAUUGCUACCAGGUGGAGGGCUCUUGCCCACUCCGAACCCAAUGGCAUCUAUGGGAGGAGUUCCUCUCGGUGGUCUCGGCGGCCCCAACAUGGACCCCACUAUGGCAGCUCUAGGGAUGCCUGGGCCCAACAUGAACCCCCAGUCCCUGUCUGCCGACCAGCUUCUGAAGCUGAUGACCUCUGUGGAUCCUAAGUUGAAUCCGAUGGCGGCAGGGCUGAAUCUGAACCCCGGCCUGAAGGCCGAUGCAGCUAACAAGGAGAUCGAGGAAGCCAUGAAGCGUGUCAGAGAAGCACAGUCACUGAUAUCAGCAGCCAUUGAGCCUGGAAACAAGAAAGACGACAAACGGAAACAUUCAAGGUCCAGGUCAAGGUCACGCCGGCGGAGGUCUCGCUCUCGUUCCAGACACAGGCGCUCCAAGAGCCGGUCCAGACGACGCUCUCGCUCCAGAAGCAGGAGGAGGUCCAAGAGUCCCAGGAGGAGGAGGUCUCACUCAAAGGACCGGGGCAGACGCUCCCACAGCAGGUCCAGGGACAGGAGGAAAGAGGAGAAGGUUCGCAAGCGCUCCAAGACGCCACCCAAGAGCUACAGCAGCGGCCGGCGAUCUCGGAGCAUCAGUCGAAGACGACACAGGAGGAGCCGCAGUGCCUCCCGAUCGCCCAAAAAGUCCCGAUCGCCUCGCCGCAAACUGUCCAGGUCCCCCUCGCCCAGAAGGCACAAGAAGGAGAAGAAGAAGGACAAGGAGCGUGAGCGGGAGCGGGAGCGAGACCGGAAGGACGACCGCGACCGCAGCCGGGACAAACGGGAGCGCUCGCCCAGCAAGAAGAAGAGCAGGGACAAGGACAAGGAGAGGGAGCGCAAGUCAGACAGCGAGAAAGGCGACGUCAAGAUCCUGUCUGUUUCUGAUUGCCAGGUGACCAGAGAUUACGACGAAGAGGAGCAGGGUUACGACAGCGACAAAGAGGAAGAGGAGCGAGACAAAGGCUCCGACUCGGCCCACUCGCCCCAAUCCCAGGAGCCCGUGCAGGAGAACGCCGAGGAAGAGGAGGAGGCGGCCAAGGGCUCCGAGGGCACCAGCGAGGACCAGCAGGACGAAGACAUGGAGAUGAGCGACUGACCGCUAGUCCCCCCCGUCACCAUGACAACCACCCUAUCCCCAACCCCACCACCCCUUUCUCAACUACUGGACACGCAGGCUACCCUGCCGUCUUCUUAAAUACCAUACCUUGCGCUUUUGGGAUUUUUAGAGCCAGUGAUCUCGUUCUCCCUCGUUAUGACGGGGGGAUACAUACUGUUCUACUGUAUAUCUUAUUACUAGUAAGUUACCUUAGAGCAUGUUCAAAACAAUUUGCUUAUUUGUAUAUUUGAGGAUGAAUAAUAAAAAAUAAAAAAAAAUGGAAAAAAAUGGUUAUGUUAAGAAGAAAUGUGAUUGAGUUUAUAUAAUUUGUCAAUGAUGAGGGUGCGAGUGAGCAGAGCUUAUUCACGCUAACUUCCUGUAGCCUAUGAGGGGCCUUUCCUAUUCAAGACUGAAAGUGCUUCUGUGUUACUCAUCUUUAGACUGUAAUUAAAACUCCACAAGUCUUGGUGACCGGUGAGAUUUCUUUAGGUUCAGUGCGUAUGUAGAUUGACCUGGUAUUGGUCUCGGCUUUUUUCAGACUGAAUGGAUCUUUUUGGCUUUUGUGUUCUUCUCUCCUUCCAUUUCCUGUUUGUAAAAAUGAAUGGUUGUUAAUUAGGUAGCACUCAUUGCAACAUGUUUUACCAUGAAAUUAAAAACCAAAAAUUCAAA